AUGAUUUCAGUUUUCCAAGUCGAACCCCAAUGGCUCAUGUCUUUAACGAAGCGUUACGGAACCGACAAACCAAUCCGCAUCGCACCAACUCUGCUGCUCUUCCCACAACCCGCUGCUAUCAAAGAAAUAUACUGGGACCUGAAAUUCAACACGAAAGCCCCACUUUACGGAACCGGAGCGUUGGGGCCGCCGCACUUGUUCUCUACCAUCGAUGGAGACGAACAUAGGGCACUGAGGAAAGCACUUGGAGGCCAGCAGUGGACCAUCGGAGGAUUGAAGAAUGCUUGGGAGCCCAGGAUUGACCAACUCAUCCAACUCUUCGUGCGCAGAAUGACCGAACGGGCGGAGAGGGGCGAAAGCGUCGUCAUCUCGGACAAAGUAGCGUACGGCAACCCCAUGGAGUUUGCCGCCGAUAUCAUGACGAUGCUCUCCUUCACGGAGCCCUGGGGCUUCGUACACAACAGCCGCGACGAGCGCCACAUGCUACACAGCUGGCGUGAAGGCCUCGACUUCUUCGGCUUCGUCGGCCGCUUCCGCUGGUUCCGCGACGUCGUCAUGAAGACACGCUGGGGCCUGUACUUCCUCCCCAGCGUGAGCGACGAUGACGGCAUGGGCUUCCUGAUGAGCCAAGCGGACAAGCACGUCACAGACCGCGAGAAACGCAUAGAGAACGAAGGCUUCACACAGGAGAAGCCAGACUUCCUGCAGUACUGCCUAACCGCCCGCAACCCCACCACUAACGCGCCCCUCACCCCCUCCCAAAAACGCGCCCACAUCACCCUCCUCAUCCAAGCCGGCGCCGACACGACCGGCACCGCCCUAGGCAGCACCCUGCGCUUCCUCCUCACGCACCCGUCCUGCCUCGCCCGCUGCCGCGCCGAGAUCGCCUCUGCCUCCGCCCGCCACCUCUUAUCCGACCCCAUCCAAUUCGACCAGACGCGCGCGCACCUGCCCUUCUUCGUCGCCUGCAUCAAGGAGAGCCUGCGCCUCAACCCGCCCGCGACGAACCUCUUCGCGCGCGUCGUGCCGGCCACUGGGGGUAGUCUUCCCGGAGCGCUGUGGGUGCCGGCGGGCGCGGAGGUGACGAGUAAUGCGUACGUCGUGCAGCGGGAUCCGAGGAUGUAUGGGCCCGAUCCGGAGAGUUUUAGGCCGGGGAGGUGGUUGGUGGAAGAGGGGGAUGAAGUCGGGGCGAGGAGGGUGGCGGAGAUGGAGGCGGCGAGUUUUGUGUUUGGGGUUGGGCCGAGGGUGUGUCUUGGGAAGGAUGUGGCGGUUUUGGAGAUGUGGAAGUUGUUGCCUGAGGUUACAAUCCUCGGCGCAGGAAUCGCCGGCAUGUCCAUUGCCAGCCAGCUUCCCAAAGGCCACGAAGUUACCAUCGUCGCACGCGACCUGCCCGGAGAUCCUGACUCCUUCACCUGGACCAGUCCAUGGGCGGGCGCCAUCUGGCUGGGCAUGGACGACUCGCCGCCGAGAGAGCAGAAUAUGCAGCUCGAAGCCUUUGCGCACAUGUGGAAGCUCGCAAUGGCUCACCCGGAAAGCAGCGUAAAGAAGCCAGAGGACAUGUGGUACCAUGGAAAGAUGCCGGGGUUUCGUGUCAUGUCCAAAGACGAGCUUCCCGAGGGGGUAGCGCACGGGAUCUCCUAUCAUAGCUGGGUUCUGACACCCCCGGUCUUUCUUCCCUGGUUGCGCUCGCAGUUGGAAGGGGCUGGCGUGACGUUCAAGCGUGUCAACGUCCGGUCGCUAGCGGAUUUAAGCGGGAUGGGGCAUGAUAUCCUCAUCAACGCCACAGGUUGGGGAGCUCGAUUCCUGAGUGAUGUGGCAGAUGAGAACGUCGAGCAAGUGCGCGGUCAGACUGUGCUCGUGAAGACUGAUUACGACAAGAUAUGGACCCGACGCGGCAAGGACUACACGUAUGUCAUACCCAGGGGCGAUGGGACGGCUGUACUAGGCGGUAUAAAGCAAUUUGGAAACACCGAUACAUCGGUGGAUUCUGGUCUCAGGGCCGAUAUAUUUCGUCGCGUUCAUGAGGGCCUCCCGAAGAUUUUCCCAGAAAAUCCAUCAGAUUUCAAGGUCGUUCGCGACAUCGUGGGGAUCCGGCCUCAGAGAAAGACAGGAGUCCGAGCGGAGAGAGAAGAUAUCAAUGGCCAAACAGUAGUCCACGCAUAUGGAGGUGGGUACGUGUAUAGCUUUGGGCUGGCUCGGGAAGUUGCAAAGCUGGUGGACGAAAUAGAGCUGGAGGUUUCAAAGGCAAAGCUGUAA